GCGGUGUGGCUGCAGCUGGCAGCCGCCGGGCUCGGCGGAGCGCUGCGGCCGGGGGCGGCCGCCGGGACCUUCCCCUCAGCGCUCGCACCGCCGGGCAUGGGCGCCGCGGCUUCGCGCCGCGCUGCCUCGCCCCGUCCCCAUGAGUCCUAGCCGGAGCAAGUGAGUGAGGGGGGCUCCCGGGCGGGCGCUGGCGGCCCGGCCUCGGGAGGGAGGAUGUGGUGAGAGGAUGGGGCUGUCUCCCGCGGGGGCUCGCCAUGGCCAGGGAGGACUCGGUGAAGUGCCUGCGCUGCCUGCUCUACGCCCUCAACCUCCUCUUCUGGUUGAUGUCCAUCAGCAUAUUAGGUGUUUCUGCUUGGAUGAGAGACUACCUGAAUAAUGUUCUCACUUUAACCGCAGAAACAAGGGUGGAGGAGGCUGUCAUUUUGACUUACUUCCCUGUGGUCCACCCAGUCAUGAUUGCAGUCUGCUGUUUCCUCAUCAUAGUUGGAAUGCUGGGCUACUGUGGAACAGUGAAAAGAAAUCUGUUGCUCCUUGUCUGGUACUUUGGAAGUUUGCUUGUAAUAUUCUGCGUUGAGCUGGCCUGUGGUGUUUGGACCUAUGAGCAGGAAAUAACGGUUCCAGUGCAGUGGUCUGAUAUGAUCACGCUGAAAGCCAGGAUGACCAAUUAUGGCCUACCUAGGUACCAGUGGCUGACCCAUGCUUGGAAUUUCUUCCAGAGGGAGUUUAAAUGUUGUGGGGUGGUGUACUUCACAGACUGGCUGGAAAUGACAGAGAUGGACUGGCCACCUGACUCCUGUUGUGUCAGAGAGUUCCCAGGAUGCUCUAAGCAGGCACAUCAUGAGGAUCUCAGUGACCUUUAUCAGGAGGGAUGCGGUAAAAAAAUGUACGCUUUUUUGAGGGGGACGAAGCAAUUGCAAGUGCUGAGAUUUCUAGGAAUCUCUAUUGGAGUAACACAGAUCCUGGCUAUGAUCCUCACCAUUACUUUGCUGUGGGCUCUGUACUAUGACAGAAGGGAUCCCGGGGCGGAUCAGAUCAUGGCCCUGAAGAGCGAUGCCUCGCAGCAGCUGUCGUGCCAUUCCGUGGAGCUACUGAAACCAAGCCUGACAAGGAUCUUUGAACAUACAUCCAUGGCAAACAGCUUUAAUACACACUUUGAAAUGGAAGAGCUAUAGGUGAUGCAAUGAAACUGAGAAGUCACAAGGGGUUUUAAUUGGGUUUUGUUGUUGUUUUUGUUCUGUUUCAUCAAGUAUGCCAAACAUACCAGUCUCCGUGUGCUUCAGAAAACAGCUAAUAAAUGGAAGUGAAGGCGGCCAGCACAGAAAGAAGGAUAAGCCUGUCAGCCUCUUAGCCGUGAAACAGAGUUGAUUUUGUUUGGUUGGGUUUUUAAAAGGCACUUGUUCACUGGGCACAGUAAUACUUAACUUAUUGUCACAAGCUCUGUGAUGUGUAAAAUACUGAUUCAUUGGCAGACAGACAGAACCUCUAAGGAAGCAUCACAGGAAAGGAAGAGACAUACUCAUCUUCUGAAGAAAUGACUGUGCUUUGGGCAAACAAAAUGUGUUGAAAUUAAUUGACUUUUACAUUUUUAAUAAGCCAUUUGGAAAAAUGUCUUAAUCAGGGAUCUAUGUAUAUAUAAUUGUGUGGUUUUGUGUGUGCAUGGAAAGCAGAACUACAAUUCAAGUCAAUACUUGGAUUUAAAAAUUUGCAAGAAUUGUAAAAAGAGCAAGAUUUUCUUUUUUCUAACAAAACCUUUAUCUUAGCUGUUGUUAAAGAUGUUCUAAAACUUCUAUUUUUAUCUAACAUAACUGUUUAAUUUUUGAUUUUAGAUAUAUUAAACAGGGAUUGAAAGCAAAACUAUGACUCUGGACAAUAGACUUUAAUUCUUUGAAACAGUUUGUUCUGUGGACUGCUUCUUAGUGAAAAGAAAGAAAACGUUAAACAUUCUUUCCAAAAUGGGAAUCAAUAUGGGAGUAGCACAAUUCUAAUAGAUAAAUCUUUUCUCCUGUCUGUGAUUCCCCUGAAGGUAGAAACAAAAGACUACAAGGAAAAUGCUUACAGUUCUGGAUGCUAUGGCAAUAAUUGUAAAAGUACAUAAGGUAGAAUUUUACUUUGGUGGCUUCUUCAUUAAGAGCUCUCUAGUGGCUUAAAAUGCCAACUGGAAAAAGCGUUAAAAUGUAUUUAUUGAGGUGGGGAAAGUGCAUUUUACUGUAUUUUUCUGAACAAUGUUUAUUUCAUAGGAUUAUUUUUACAAUCGGCCACGCUCCUGAAAUAUAUAUUUGUUCCACUGAGUACAGUAGUUCGUGGCAAAUGGGUUUUUAAAAAUUCUUUCAUUUGUUCUGGAAUUUGUAAAACAAAA